UGCGAUUGGGGUGGAUUAGUGGGUACUAAGCACUAAAGCGAUGGGUGGCUCAAUGGGGUAUUGGGUGUCAUAACGAAAACCUAACCUUAAAUGUGUCAUAACGUUACCAAGUUACGUGCAGUGCAAAUAGUACGCGAAUUGACGUGAAUAAUACGAAUAAUACAUAACCUCGAAUCCACGACUACCCCACUGACAUCACUGACAUUAACACAAAUACGAAUACGAAGUGCAUGUUUUUCUUAUGUUUGCCUACGAUACGCAAAAAGAUUAACAUGGCCGUUCAGAUCUCAUUACGGGAGAUUCGAUAAUAAGAUGCCAUAGAUCGAAGAAGUGACGUUUAUACCGUACAUACAGUUUCGAAAACGUUCAAAAAAUUUAACCGAGUGUAGUGACCAAUUUAAUGUUCGUUCUCAUAUAAACGCUACUGAUAUGGAAGAACUAUUGAAGCAGUCAGCCAUUGAUUUGAAAAAUAAGCAGCCACGAGAAGUAGCCAAAAGAUUGCCGAUCAUUAUAGUGGAAGGCGAGUUGGCUAAAAACUGUGGCGAUUAUAAAAGAGCUUUCAUUUUUCUCAAGAGAUGGCUCAGCAUAGUAGGAUGGAUCAAAUCUACCAAGGACUUCAAAAAUGAGGGACCAUCCAGCAAAGUUUUCAACUUUGAAAGGGAGGAUGAAGUCAAAGCACUCUUUGCAGAGGUUGAGAAAAAAGUGCUUGCCUCUUUGGCUCCACCACAGAUUGUGCCUGAAAUUGAAGAUGUAUCGAUGAUAGAAACUCGUGACAAAAAGAAAAAUCCAUUAAGCGAGAGUAUCCUGAAUCUUCCGGAAACGCCAACGGAUGAACCACUUGCAAAAGAGUCGGAUGAUUUCACUUCUUGCCUUCAGUUGUUUCAGAUUUUGAAAUCAGACUUGAAAUUUUUGCUCAUCGACUUCAGACCUAGGAAUGACUAUAAUGAAUCCAGGAUAAAAACUGACCGAUGUAUUAAUAUACCAGCCGACGCCAUUACAGAUGGAGUAUUGGCUGCAAAAUACGAGCAUCUUUUCCAUGAUGAUAAAAAAUCACGCUGUCUGUACGAAAAUCGAGGUCGCAAAAUGACUGACAUAAUCAUUCUACUUGACUGGAGUACAACGUCUUCAACACUUUUUCCUGGCAAUAAAAUGUGUGUGCUGAGGGGUAUACUGAAGCUCUGGGACCCAGGCACAGUUGCCCCAACAAUAAAAAUCCUGGACGGCGGUUAUUCAGACUGGCUGAACCGUUAUCCAACGUUGGUGACGAAUCCCAAAGUGAAAGCCCCGGAUAUGGAGACAAACGCUAUGGAUGAAAUUCUCGAAGAAGUCGAAUAUCCUGAUUGGCUGAAUGCGGACGAAAAUUCAAGUCCAUUUGCCAAAUUGAAAAUACAGUCCGCGGAGAAAAAUGAGUCGAGAACGAAACGUACCUUUGAUAAUCGAAGACUCGAUGAUUCGAUAACGUCCGAUUCGAGAAAAGAGGAAAUUUCGUCGAAGACGCAUAAUAAAAUAUCUACAACUCGUAAUAACGAAAGUAUGGAUUUUGUUUCACUUCGUGAAGGAACCUUAAAAAAAGCAAAUGAUUCUACCGAUGAAAUGAGACAUCCCUAUAAAUUUAUCAACCAAAAAGUUACAGAAAUGACAAAGUAUUCCAAUCGCAUUCCAAUCAAUAACGAUUACACGGAAGAUAUGAACGUCGAGGAGGAUGAACUUAUUUUCGAAAGUGCGAAAUAUCCUAGCAACUCGAGCGCUAAAAACCCAAUAACGAAACCGAAAAUUGACAGAAGUUCGAAACCUUCGAGCUUUGUCAAAAGUACUUCUCAAGCGGGCAAACAGCUUUUGACACUAAAAGCUCAGUACAGCGAAUUAUUGAGAAAUAUGGAAAUUUGUGAAAAAGAAAUUUUGUGGAUAGAAACGGAACUCUACGAGCAGGAUGAGAACGACAACAGAGUUAUAAACGAAGAAGCCAGAGAGAAGCACAGAGCACAUUUGAAAUCUCUUCAUUCUCAUGUUGCUAAGUUGAAAAAGGAAAAGGAUCAAGUGAAAGAGGUUCUAACGAACCAAUUACCUAAAUCUAUAUCGCUCAGUACUAGCGAAGAGAAUAAAGAAUGUCAGUUGGAUCUGCGUAUCGGUGGUUUGGAACAACGUCUCUGGAAUAUAUCUCUAGAAAGGCAAACCCUCAAAGAGAAAAUAAUAAAUAAGGAAAAGGACAAGCAGAAUACGUUGAAAAGAAAUGAAAAUGGCAUCACGAAAGAGCCAUUGAAGUCUGAUGGUUCCUCAGCCAAUACCGGUCUAAAGCGAUCACAUUCCAGCCCAAACCUCGCGCAGCUGGACAAUGGAAAAAUACCACUUGUCGACAGAUCAUCGAAGCCUCAUCUGCCAGUGGCACAAGCUCCGAGCAGAGCAACGAUCAGUGUUUAUCCAAAACUUACGUGGAAGGAUCGGGAACAACGUAUGGAACCUAUUUUCCGUGAUACACGUCCAGGAAUUACAGGAUUGAAAAAUUUAGGGAAUUCGUGCUACAUGAACAGUAUAAUACAGUGUUUGAGCAACAACAUACGUCUUGCCAAAUACUUCAACGAAGACGCGUACCUGGACGACCUUAAUAAGAGCUUGAACAUCUGCAAGCAGGGCCAAGUUGCCGACGAAGUUGCUCACGUUAUUAAAGCAUUAUGGAGAGGACAGUACAAGAGCAUAUCGCCACGAGACCUCAAGGUUGUAAUUGGACAGUACAGGUUACAAUUCGACUGUAACGAGCAACAAGACUCUCACGAAUUUCUUGUUUUUCUUCUCGAUUGGUUACACAAUGAUUUGAAAAAAGGAGUCGAAUAUUACUUGGGCAAUCAUAAUACCGCGAGGAAACAGUGGUUCAAAUCCCUUAAUAACGGUGAAUCCAUUAUUUCGGAGUUGUUCAUGGGGCAAUUGAAAUCAAGUAUUAUCUGCAGCACCUGCAACAACAGCAGCAUCACAUACGAGACUUUCAACAGUUUGACGUUAUCGUUACCGAACACGAAUCGGUGCACGCUCGAUGAUUGCGUAAAAAAGUUCGUCACCGGGCAGAAAGUAUCGGGCUGGACGUGUGACAACUGCAAGGCGCCUCGCGAAGCGACGAAAAAAUUUGAUUUUAUCAAAUUACCACCAACCGUCGUCAUCCAUUUAAAUCGUUUUGCCGACAACGAAGGGUGGCUCCAAAAGUCAAACACUUCGGUAGAUUUCCCACUCGGUGACUUCAACCUAGACACGUACCUCGUUGACGAUGACAAUUCCAAGGACAACCAAAUACAAUACGAUUUUCAUAGAAUGUCACUGUACGCAGUUUCGGUACACUACGGCACCAUGUCCGGAGGUCAUUAUACAGCGUACUGCAGAAACGUUGGCCAACAGAAAUGGUACAAAUACGACGACCAACUUGUGAGCGAAGUAUCAGCAAGUGAAGUGAAGAAUCAAGGGACCAGUGCUUAUCUUUUAUUCUACACAACGAUUGGCAACGAAUCAUAUCCCUACAUACAGCGAGGUCCUAUGAUGAAGCUAGGACGUUUCUGAGUACGGGAAUCGUACGAUAACCAAUCAUUUCUAGCGUAAAUCGCCGUUCGUUAAGAAUCGCUUUUUUUAAUUCAUUUUCUUUUCUUUUCUUUUUUUUUUUUUAUUUAUUCUCUUUCUCGAUUGAAAAAAUCGCGUAAAAAUUAAUAAUACACACGGUUUAUCAAUGAAAUAAAUGAACGUCGGUGUGUAUCUAAUGUACAAAGUGACAAUCGUGGUGUGGAAGGAACGAGUAACAAGACAUUCCAGUUGAAGAUAAAAAUGGAAUUCAUAUUGGUGCUUCGUUAAAAUGUAAAUAUGUAAAUAAUUAUAUAAAAAAAAAGUUUAAUUAGAUAUUAUCUAUACAUAUACACACUUGAUAUAUGUAUUAUGUUUAUACACGAGGUGUCCCACCACGAGAAUUGAGCCGAGCCUGAUUCAGGCCCGAAUUUUAAACUAAAAAGUUGUUGACCACUGAAACUAAGCGUACUCUGACCACGUGUUUGAAUCAAAACGGUCAGUGAUAGUCGGAAAAUGCAUAGAACCGAUUUCGUAGAGAAUUAUUUUUCCGACAAAAAGUUUUCACCUGAUUUUUUCUAUCUCCAGCAUAUUCGUGGUGAAAGUGAAUUAAAAGUCAAGACCGUAAACCACGGAGUGCAGAAACUGUUUGCACGCUCCUCUCGAAAUGAAACUAGCGAGCAUAGAAAAUGAUGGCCAACUACUAUUUCAUAGGGAAUUUUGUGCUCUAUGGAAUUGGUUUUGCGGGUUUUUCCUCUAUCUCUAUUCAUUCCGACAGCGUAUCAACAAUAAUUAUGCGUAAUUUGUUCGAUAUUAAUGAAUGAUGAAAAAUUUUGAUGGAAAAGUGAAAUUUUGUGCUUGUCGGAUUAGAAUUUAGUGUUGAAAUAAUUGUCGAUAAGGACGAACGGAUACGUGGUGGGACAUGUAGUAAUUGUUACACGCUUUUAAAGCCUCACGCUUAUGCCUUUUGUUAGGAAUAAUGAAACUGAGAAUAUUGUCUUCGUUGUAUCCUUGAAGUAUAUAUUUUUCGGUAACAACGCAGCGAAUGAAAGUCAACAAGCCAUGCGCAUUUAACGAAGAAAAUUUAAAAAAAAAAAAAAAACAACCAUUUCCAUUGAUCCGUGCGAUAAGUCUCGUCAAUAGUGAUUGUAAAGUACUAUAAUUUUGAAAGUCUAUAAAUUACAUAUAAAUCAAUUAGUCGACUGUUGAAAAAAUACUGCGUUUACGGUAUUCUGAUUACUUUUUUUUGCCUGCGCCGCGUGCAUCUGUGAUCGAUAAGCUUUUUGUCGGCUUUAUGGCCUGUCGUACUAUAAAUAUGUCUGCUCGGAAUACUCGUACUUCGGAGCGAUCGAAUACGAGUAAAACAUACAUUGCUAGAUGCCAAGUUCAAAAAGACAAAAAUACAGAGGUUUCAAACUUUUGCAAACGAAAAA